AGGUCCGGACCGGACGUGUGCGGGGUGUUGCGGGCUGGUCCUCCCUGCAGAGGAGGAGAGAGGAGCUGAAGGUCACAGCUGGAGGAUCAGCAUCGGUAUUAAUAUCUGAUUGAUUAUCGAUCCACCGAUCCGAUUCGUCAGCUGCACGAGGAGGAGAGCGCCAUGACGUGAGACAGGAGGACGGAGCGACAGACGGAUCAGCUGCUGCAUCCCUGCCUGUCUCACUGCUGCCUGCCUGUCUGACUGAUUCUCCACCAGCAGCCUCCAGCUUCUCCACCUGUCUGUCUCUCUCCACCCGUCUCUCCGCCUGUCUGUCUGUCUCUCCGCCCGUCUCUCCGCCAUGGGGAACCGGGGGAUGGAGGAGCUCAUCCCGCUGGUGAACCAGCUCCAGGACGCCUUCGCCUCCAUCGGCCAGAACUCGAGCCUCGACCUGCCGCAGAUCGCGGUGGUGGGCGGGCAGAGCGCCGGGAAGAGCUCCGUGCUGGAGAACUUCGUGGGCAAAGACUUCCUCCCUCGUGGUUCAGGUAUCGUCACUCGGCGCCCCCUGGUGCUGCAGCUCAUCAACUGUCCAACAGAGUACGCAGAGUUCCUGCACUGUAAAGGGAAGAAGUUCACAGACUUUGAUGAAGUUCGUCAAGAGAUCGAAGCUGAAACUGAUCGAGUCACCGGACAGAACAAAGGGAUCAGUCCGGUCCCCAUAAACCUGCGAGUUUACUCACCCAACGUGUUGAACCUGACUCUGGUGGAUCUUCCCGGGAUGACGAAGGUGCCGGUGGGCGACCAGCCGGCCGACAUCGAGCACCAGAUCAGAGAGAUGCUCAUGCAGUUCGUCACCAAGGACAACUGCCUCCUAUUGGCUGUUUCCCCCGCGAACUCUGACCUCGCCAACUCCGACGCUCUGAAGAUCGCCAAGGAGGUUGACCCACAAGGUCUGAGGACCAUCGGUGUGAUCACCAAACUGGAUCUAAUGGACGAAGGAACCGACGCCAGAGACAUUCUGGAGAACAAACUGCUGCCGCUACGCAGAGGUUACAUCGGGGUGGUGAACCGCAGCCAGAAGGACAUCGACGGGAGGAAAGACAUCACCGCGGCUCUGCAGGCUGAGAGGAAGUUCUUCCUGUCGCACCCGUCAUACCGACACCUGGCCGACCGCAUGGGCACCGCCUACCUGCAGAAAGUCCUCAACCAGCAACUGACCAACCACAUCCGCGACACGUUGCCGGGGUUACGCAGCAAACUGCAGAGCCAGCUGCUGUCCAUCGAGAAGGAGGUGGAGGAGUACAAGAACUUUAGACCGGACGACCCGGGACGCAAGACCAAGGCCCUGCUGCAGAUGGUGCAGCAGUUUGCGGUGGACUUUGAGAAGCGGAUCGAAGGAUCUGGAGAUCAGGUGGAAACCUACGAGCUGUCAGGAGGCGCAAAGAUCAACCGCAUCUUCCACGAACGCUUCCCCUUCGAGCUGGUCAAGUUGGAGAGUGAAGAGAAGGCUCUUCGUAAAGAGAUCAGCUACGCCAUCAAGAACAUCCAUGGAAUCAGGACGGGUCUGUUCACACCUGACAUGGCGUUUGAGACGAUCGUGAAGCGUCUGAUCGCUCAGAUCAAAGAGCCGUGUCAGAAAUGUGUCGACAUGGUGAUCAAUGAGCUGGUCAACACUGUCAGGCAGUGUACACAGAAGUUGGCUCAGUAUCCGAUGCUCAGAGAGGAGAUGGAGAGAAUUGUCACUCAGCACAUCAGAGACCGAGAGAGUCGCACCAAAGACCAGGUGAUGCUGCUGAUUGACAUUGAGCUGGCCUACAUGAACACGAACCACGAAGACUUCAUCGGCUUUGCAAAUGCUCAGCAGAAGAGCAGUCAGAUGAACAAGAAGAAAGCAGCAGGAAACCAGGACGAGAUCAUGGUGAUCCGUAAAGGCUGGCUGACCAUCAACAACAUCAGCAUCAUGAAGGGAGGAGCUAAAGAGUACUGGUUCGUCCUGACUGCUGAGACCCUGUCCUGGUACAAAGAUGAUGAGGAGAAGGACAAGAAGUACAUGCUGCCUGUGGACAACCUGAAACUCAAAGACAUCGAGAAGAGCUUCAUGUCCAGCAAACACAUCUUCGCCCUGUUCAACACCGAACACAGGAACGUGUAUAAAGACUACCGUCAGCUGGAGUUGGCCAGUGAGUCUCAGGAGGAGGUGGACAGCUGGAAGGCUUCUUUCCUGCGAGCUGGAGUGUACCCUGAACGCAACGUGGACAAAGAGAAGGUGGAGGUGGAGGAGGCGAGCGGAGACGGGCAGAUCCACAGUCUGGACCCUCAGCUGGAGCGACAGGUGGAGAUCGUCAGGAACCUGGUGGACUCGUACCUGUCCAUCAUCCACCGCACCGUCAGAGACCUCAUCCCCAAGACCAUCAUGCACCUGAUGGUCAACAACACGAAAGAGUUCAUCCACUCUGACCUGCUGGCUCAACUUUACUCCUGCGGAGACCAAAACACCCUGAUGGAGGAGUCCCAGGACCAGGCUCAGCACCGUGAUGAGAUGUUGAGGAUGUACCACGCUCUGCGCGAAGGCCUUAGCAUCAUCGGUGACAUCAGCACCUCCACCAUAACCACGGCGAUGCCACCGCCUGUCGACGACUCCUGGCUGCAGGUGACGGGGAUGCCGUCUGGACGCAGGUCUCCCAUGUCGAGUCCGACCCCCCAGCGUCGGGCUCCUCCUGGACCUCCUCGUCCAGGCGGUCGUGCUGCCCCCGGCCCUCCAUCUCGUCCCGCGGUGUCACCUGACCCUGGACCCCCGCCCUCCGUCCCCUCCCGACCCAACAGAGCGCCCCCACCUGGAGUCCCCAGAAUCUCUAUCAGUGACCAGUGAGGAGUUCACCAAUGUCGUCCCAGCAAAGGUAGCCCCGCCCACGGAGAGAGCCCCCAGUCUUCUAUUGAGGGUUAACCUGAACCGAGUGUGUGUUUGCGUCUAUACUGAACUGUUCUACUGGUCUCUACUGAUGCUGUGUUACUGUGAACCUUGCUAGUGAUAAUAAUAAUAAUAAUAAUAAUAAUAAUAAUCACAAUGAUAUUGAUUAUCAGCACAUUAUGAAUAUAUAGCAAAUGAUCAGCAAAGUACUACUGCAAUAUUGAGUGUAUAGUUAUGUCGUCCAGCUUUCUGUCUGCCCAGGAGAGUGAGACAGGUCAGCUGCCUGUCUGUCAGCCUCCUCACACUGUCAAAAUGACAGUGACAGAAAAAUAUGAUUUAUAACAUCAGGUUUAUAAAGUACUGUAGAAGUGAAGACCUCUCACUCCUCUCUGGAUGUAUAAUUCUAUAAUUCUAAUUAAUAAUUUAGUCUUUUCAGUUACUCUUUUUUGUGUCUUGUAUGAAGCUUCUUAUUUAUGUGGAAUUGCGAGAGCGUUUCUUUACAGUGUAAAGUUUACAUAUUGUUUUAACUUAUGUAUUUAUUAAUCCAUGAUUUAUUUAUUAUCUGCUGUUCUUGUUAAUAUGGCGUUAUUGAUGUUAGCUGUCACCUUUUUAAACCAAUGGUCCUAGAAUCUACUGUGUUCUAGUCCUUCUGUGCUAUUCUACUGACAUCUGUCCUCUGAAUCUUGUAACUAACAUCUGGUUCUAACCAGUUCCAACUGGUUCCAACUGGUUCAAACUGGCUCUGACUGGUCCAGUGUGGUUCCAAGCGCAUCCAGCUGGCUCUGACUUCCCCCAACUUGUUCUAACUAAUUUCAAAUGUUUCUGACUAGUCCCAAUUGGUUUAAACAAGUUCCAUUUGGUUCUAACUGGUUCCCGCUGGUUGUAACUGGUUCCUUCUGGCUCUGACUGGUCCCAGCUCUGACUGGUUCCAACUCGCUUCACUGGUUCCAAUCGGUUCUAAUUGGAUCAAACUGGUCCAACUGUUUCUAGCUGGCACUGACAGGUUCCCACCGGUUCAAACUGGUUCCAGCUGGUUUUGACUGGUUCCUACUGGGUCUAAUUAGUUCCAUCUAGCACUGGGUGGUUCUAAAUAGUUCCAGUUGGCUCCUACUGGUUGUAAUUGGUUCUUACUGGUUCCAGCUGGUUGUAAUUGUAAUCCAGCUUGCUCUGACAGGUUCCAGUUGGUUCCAACUGGUUUUGAAACCAAUUGACACAGUUAGCAGCAAACAGCCAACAGCAACCAUCUAACAUUCACAAUGUCAAGGUGUCGGUUACUUCACACUUUAUUUUUUGGGCCCGGGCAUUUCCUAAUAAUUUCCUUGUGAGUUUUUUGAAAAGAACUAUAUCAUUUAAUUAAUUGGGUUAAAUUAACUGGGAGUGAAACAUUUGAACAUUGUCUCUGUUUUACCUGUAAUUAGUCCCAAAUUACUGAAUUCUGUCCAGGAAACUCACAAGGAAAUUAUCAAGAAAUGGUCCAAAAAAGUGACCGAGAUAAUUAUAGAAUUAUCAAAUAAAAACACAAUUGGUUGCAAUAGAAAGGUAGUGUAUCCAAUGUUUUUUAGAUUCCUCUGAUGUCUGUAUUUUAGCUUAAAUAUUUUAUGAACGUGUUCCGAACUGGAGCUUCAUUUAUAAAAGUGUUGUUUUUGGUUGCUGAUGGAGAUGCGAUGCAGAUGUUGUAAAAUGAGUCCAACGUUGGUCACAGUCAUCGGUCUGAGUAUUAAUGAAUUAUUAAUGUUAGCAGGUGUUUUUCACCAGCUGUUAGAUUUUGUCUAUUUGACUGAAUGUGAUGUUUCCGACUGAACAAACCUAAACUGUAACUGCUGAUCUAUUUAUUCUACCUGUGUAUGUUGUUCAUGUAGUGGUGAUUCUGUCGUCGAGCUCUGAGCUGCGUUCAACGCGACACAUGCUUCACCGUGUUAGCGGAGAUCGUGAAGUGUCCUCAUGUGUUCAGAUUCAUGUCAGCAUGGUAGUUCAAGUUAAAGUAGAAAUGUUUAUAAAAAGUGUUGUAUGAUUUUUAAUGUACUUUAAUAAUCAGUAAAGUGUUGUACCAGUUGCUCUGCAGCAGCGUGUUGAACGCAGCUCUGCCUCCCACACACCUGUGAUGGUGCAUAGUUCACUCUGUAUGGUAUUAAUAUAAAUGUAAUGUUUACAGAAUAUGUGAAUAAUAUAAUGCGCCAUAUAUAUGUGAUGGACAUAUAUAUAGAUCUAUUAAACUGAAAUAUGCAGACUGUAGUGUGUGUGUGUGUGUGUGUGCGUAUAGUUUUGUUGUGUAUUUUGGUGUCAUGUGAUCAGGGCCAACAGAGACGUGUUGACAUGAAUAAAGUUUGUGUGAAUGAA